UGUUAGUUAGCCUGGGGGGGCCAUGAUAGUUAGCCUGGGGGGGCAUGUUAGUUAGCCCGAGGGAGGCAUGUUAGUUAGCCUGGGGUCAGGCCAAGGGCUUGGGCCAGGGUCCGGACCCCCGGGGCACUAAUUGCAGAAGCCUGGGCCAUGACACCCAGAUGAGCUGGCCGUGGGGACAGAUCACCUCUGUGGGGGUCCUGAGGGUUAUCAGGGGAGUCUAAAUGUGCCUGAGCCUGUGCCUGGCGCUUCACCUCUGUUGGGCCCACGAGGGACCUGUCUCUGGGUGGAGAUGCGCGUGCCCCUGUGGGCUGGCACAGAGCAGGCAGUUGGGGGACUGGGCUGGGGAGAAGGAGGGCUCGCUUGCUUCCCCAAAGCUGCCUCGCAGCUUGAGCCCGGGCGGGAGGGGAAGGGAUGGGCGCUGGGCCACGGACUCUGGACACAUACCUGCUCUGUGGCCGGCUCCACACUGACUGUGUCUCAUGACUGCCAAACAGGCAGGGGUCACUCUGUUUGGUAGCAGAGGACUCGGGGCUCAGCGAGGCUGGGUGGCUUGUACCUGAGUAACAGCUCGUGGCCUGGAACUGAGGUGUGCCCCAUUGCCUGGCUGAGAGCCGUUGAGAGAGAAGGGGCUCCCGAGGCCCCAGCCCCCACUCAGGCCAAACCUGGCGUCUCUGGUUCCCACUGACAUGCUCUCCUAACCCCUCGUGGACCUCGUGUCACCACGAGGAGCACGCCGAGUGACCAUUUGAGGUGUGUUGGUCCAGCCCGCCUGCAGAGCCGUGUGGACGGGACCUGCCCCUGGCCCCAGCCUUACCUGUGCGGGCCCCAAGCCCUCCAAGGACACAAGGUUGGCCUUUUCCCCAGUUCAAGUUGGGGGACCAGGGUGAUCUUGAUCUCCACCUGUGUGCACAGCUCUCAGAGCCUCAGUCUCCUCAUCUGUGAAAUGGCCAUCAGUCAUACCUGCCUUGUGUAUACAGCAGGUGCUCAGGCAGGGCUGGCUGGGCCUCCCUUGUCACUUGUGGAGCUCCUUGAGGCUUUCUCUUUGCUUUCUGGAAUUCUGAGUCUGGCUCAGGACCUGAAGGGCCACAAGAGGCAUCUGGUCUGAUUUUACCCAAUGCUUCAAUCCUUGCCUCUCUGCUUGCACACCCCUAGGAACAGAGAGCUCACUCCUCCACAAAGACAUCUGCACACAGCCUUUGAGGAUAGGCUGGCCCCCAAUGGCCAGGUGCCCCUUUGUUAGGGCAGGGGUGCUGAGCUCCCGGCGUCCUGACCCCUUGGUCCACAUGGCUGUGGGAGGCAGGGCCAGAGCCAUGGGCAGAGCUGGCUGUUGUUAGAAGGGUCUGCUGUGAACAGAACAGCGCUCAAUGCUGGCGAGGAAACUCCCAGCCAGCUCUGACCUCGGGUGAGGACGGGGGCACCUGGUGGGCCGAAGCACCUCUUCAGCUCCUUCCUGUUCAUAUGCCUGCUGUGGACCAGGGUGGGCCAGGCCGUGGACCAUGGACAGAUGGGAGCUCAGGGUCCUCUGUGCAGGGAGCUGCGAGGGGUGGGCUCGGGCCAGCAUGACAGCACCUGGGCACAUGGGUGCUCGCAGAGGACCCCUGACCAGGGCCUGCCUGGGCUCCUCCAAUGGAGCUUUUAAGAACCUUCUAAAUGACUCUGCCGGCAGACCAAGCUGUGGCAGACAUUUCCUGCCUUGGGGGCCCGCUGCACCCCUCCCCCGAUCCACCCCCAACAUUUGGUCAAAUACUUUUAAAAGUUCCCAUCACACUCUGAGCAGGGCAGUUGCUGCUGUGCGAGCAGAUGCUGCCUACGGCGGCCUCGGCCUUGGCGGGGCUGCUCCUGGUCUGAGGCCCAAACCCACGGGAAACGGCAUCUCGGCAACCAUUAUGAACCUGGACAGCAUACACAUGAUGCUCUGGCUGCAGGGCGGGGGGCGGGAGUGCACAUGUCCCCUCCCCAGUGUGGGGCCCAGAGUGUGCACGGGCCAGGCCAGAGCACUGAUGGUCGUGUGGGAUUGCGAAUGUCCCUGCUUACUGGACCAGAGGACUCACCUGUGGAAAAUACACCACUCACCCCAGGCCAGUCAGAUUCAGCCAGCCUGGGGCAGGGCCUGGCGUGAGGUCACGAAGGCCACCCCGGAAGAGCAGGAAAGGGGGCUUCAGAUAAUGAAGGGCUGGAUGGGGCAUCUGCGCAGGCGCGCCCCCCCCCCCCACUCCGGGGGUGGGCAGAGAGGAACGGCUUCCAGCCCCUCUCACUCUGUCCCUUUCUGAAACAGCUUGUGUGUAACCUUUGUAAUAAAGAGAUACCCCCCGAAAAGGAGGCGGAAAUGAGGUGGCCCCGGCUAACAAGGGUCACUGCUGCCUGCUUCCUGGGGGAGUGGGCCCCCGGUGGCUCGGGGGUGUGAAGGACAGAUGAGCUCAGGACUUAGUGAACUCAGCUGACUUGGGAGAAGGAGUCUUAUAACCUGGCAUCUGUGGGGUGGGGUGACAUGCCCAGAAGGUACCAGGAAUUGUUGUGGUUGAGAACCCAGGCUGGGUUCAGUACCUGCCACUGUCACCAGCUGGAAGGAGUCGGAGUGACCUGGGGUGGAGGCAGGGGCACAGAAUCUAGGCUGGGUCCUGGCCCACUGGAUCUCCCUAAGGAGAGCUGGGUUCGAAUCCCUUCCCCUGCCGCUUCCGGGCCUCUGCUCUUCCAAGAGGCCCUCCUAGGACUCUAGGCUGUGGCGGGCGUGGCUGCGCGGGAGCCCCUAUUACACUGGCCCGGCUGCGGCCAUCAGUAAGGAGCCAUCCCGUUUCAGAGCCCGGCUGCCCCUCCAGGACCUUUGUGGGAGGCAGGGGAAGGACCCCUGGUCUGGGGGUGAUGCAGGCGCAUGCAGCGACCCCACUUGCACGCUCAACUGGUCCCCUUCUGCAGGGAAGGCCCACCGUCCAUAGCAGCCCCACGUGCAGGGCACAGGCUCAGUUCCUUCUCACCUCGGAGGUGGAAGGCAGGAGAGGGCAGCCUCAACAGGGGCAAGAGCGGUGGGGGUUGGGGGGGGCCCUGUGGGACAACCCCUGCAUAAGUGACAUCAAGAAUCAGCUGGGCUGGGGGCCGUUGACACAUCUUAGAUCUGGGUGGUGAGCCCUUGGGUGCUCAUCAAGUGAUGUGUACCUUUGAAAUACCUCAUCAACAGUGGGCAUGAGGCCUGGGGACAGCGUGGAAAGGGGUGGGGAGAGCCAAGGGCGGUGCUCCUGAGAAAUGGGGCACCAACGUCCCACAGCCAGUAGACAUCCCGUGCUGGAGGCAGAGCCACAGUCAGAGGAGGGGGAGAGUAGGUGGUUAGGAGCCAGGACUGCCAGCCCCCUGGGUUCAAUCCCCAGCGGUGGUUACUAGCUGAGCAAGUCACUUCCCCCCUGCCUCAGUUUCUCCAUCUGUAAAAUGGACACAGUAAUAGUUCCCACUCCUCAAGGUCGCCACGAGGAAGGACUUAGAACAGUGCCUGGCAUGGAAUAAACCCUCUCCUGGCAUCACCCUGCAGAGUGUGUGAGACUCUGCUGGAAUCCUGGUCAUAGAAGGGCUGGACGAGAUGGCCUUUGAGGGCAGCCCCGCCCCAGGGCAGCUGCGAUUCCACAGGCGCUGUGCAAACAGCUGCGGGGUGCACCCCAGCACUGCCCAGAGCACCCUGACCAGUGUGGAUUGGUGGGUGGCACAGCUAAGGGCUCCCUAGCUUUCUCCCAAAUCAGACACCGCGGAAGCAAAACGGCACAGCCCCGCCCACCAGCCGGGGAAACUGCUUUCCCAGGAGCUCCAGGCCGGGGCCAGUUCACUCCAGACGGCCUACUUCCAGGCUGCUUAGCAGCACCAGCCCACUCCUGGUUACUGAUCAACCCGCUGCCCCCUGGUUUGCUCCUGACCCCCCCACACCCCGCCAGCCCUGCGCCUCACGGGUCAUUUAUUGUUGUUGUUACCACCAGGUCCUGCCGCCUAAACGGUUUGCAAUUUCUCAUCGACGAUCAUAGAACCAGAACCACCAUCUUCCAAAAGAGGAAACAGGCCGAGAGACGGAUGGCAAGAGACUGUGCUGUCCGCCCAGGGCUUUCCUGGGCUCAGUCUGUGGCUUUCAGACCCAACUCCCACAACUAUAAAAUGGGAAUGUCGGCCCAAGGGACUCUAAAGGCACAAAAUGCUAUGGGAGGGGGAGGAGGGGACAUUGGCCUAGGCCUGAUGGAGGACAGGAAAAGGAGGGGACAGCCCCAGCUGGAAACUGCUGCCAGGCUGCAGAGCAUGGCUGCUCGCGGGAGCAGCCUGAGAAGGAGGAACUGAGGCCUGCAGUGGAGCGCGGCGCUGGAGGCGGCUUCUGCCCGGUCCCGGCCUGGCGACCCAAGGCCCGCCCCCGGGAACCCCGCAGACCCCAACCCUGCCGCUGCGCCCGCAUGCCAGCCCUGAGCGCGGCCGGCGGGGCCCUGUGCUGCCCUCUGGCGGCCGGAGCCCGCGUCGCUGCCCGGGAACAACCACCCGCUUGCGGACCAAGAGGGGCUGGCGCCCGGCGUCUGCGCUCAGGCCUGAAAACGAUGGGGUGCGCACGGGCCUGGGCACGGUGCCUAGCACCUGAUAAGCACCUUUUAUUGCGGGAUCGCUAUUGUUAUUUUCUGGGGAAACUGAGGCCCAAAGAAAGUGUGUGUGUGUGUGUACGUGGUGUGUGUUGAUGGUGGGAUCCUUGCCUGAAGUCACAGAGGGUCAGAGGCACAGCCAGGAGGACUACAACCUUGACGCCCUUUCGGCCGCUGGGCCCGGUGCAGUGGAAAAGCGCAGGGUCCGCUCACGCCCCGCCCCAGCGGGACCCUGGACUCAGUUUCCCUCUCGCGCUCAGGCAGGAGCUGACAGCGGCCCUCCGAGGUCGCGGGAGGGAGCGGCGGGGGCCCGCGGGGCGUGACGCACCGAGGCUGGGAGGGCGCGGGGCGGGGCGGCCAGGCGGGCUGCAUAUAAGGGCGGCCGAAGAGCGCGGAGAGCCGGAGCGAGCGACUUCGUCGGAGAGCAGAGCCGAGCCCCCCGCCGGAGCCCGAGCAGAGCCGCCCGGCCGCUCAGCCCCGCGCGCUCCGGCCACCCUCUGCGCUUCUCUCGGCCCCGCCCCCGCCCCCGCGGCCCCUCCGCCCAAUGAAACUGGCCGCGAUGAUCAAGAAGAUGUGCCCGAGCGACUCGGAGCUGAGUAUCCCGGCUAAGAACUGCUACCGCAUGGUCAUCCUCGGCUCGUCCAAGGUGGGCAAGACGGCCAUCGUGUCGCGUUUCCUCACGGGCCGCUUCGAAGACGCCUACACGCCCACCAUCGAGGACUUCCACCGCAAGUUCUACUCCAUCCGCGGCGAGGUCUACCAGCUCGACAUCCUCGACACGUCCGGCAACCACCCGUUCCCGGCCAUGCGGCGCCUCUCCAUCCUCACUGGAGACGUUUUCAUCCUGGUGUUCAGCCUGGACAACCGCGACUCCUUUGAGGAGGUGCGGAGGCUCAAGCAGCAGAUCCUCGACACCAAGUCUUGCCUCAAAAACAAAACCAAGGAGAACGUGGACGUGCCUCUGGUCAUCUGCGGCAACAAGGGCGACCGGGACUUCUACCGCGAGGUGGAGCAGCGCGAGAUCGAGCAGCUGGUGGGGGGCGACCCCCAGCGCUGCGCCUACUUCGAGAUCUCGGCCAAGAAGAACAGCAGCCUGGACCAGAUGUUCCGGGCGCUCUUCGCCAUGGCCAAGCUGCCGAGCGAGAUGAGCCCAGACCUGCACCGCAAGGUGUCGGUCCAGGACUGCGACGUGCUGCACAAGAAGGCGCUGCGGAACAAGAAACUGUUGCGAGCCGGCAGCGGCGGCGGCGACCGGGGCGACGCCUUCGGCAUCGUGGCGCCCUUCGCGCGCAGGCCCAGCGUGCACAGCGACCUCAUGUACAUCCGCGAGAAGGCCAGCGGUGGCGGCCAGGCAAAGGACAAGGAGCGCUGCGUCAUCAGCUAGGAGCCCUGCAACCCCCGCGCCGGCGACACAUCCUAAGGAGGACCUUUUUGUUUAAAAGUCAAAUCUGACGUCUGGGCGAGCCCGCUGCGCCCCGGCCGCGUGCGCGCGCUGACCGGCGUCUUCCUUCCCGGUGACCCGGGCCCCGCGCACUGGGGAGGCGCAAACGAACCGAGAAGGGACCGUCAUCUGCUCUGGAAGGAAAGAGGACUGGCUGACACCGGGACUCCCCCACCGCGGAUUCCCCGUGGGCGCCGCCACGCCCGGACUUGGGGGUGCGGGCCCAGCCGCGGGUGAAUUUGUCUUUUCUCAUAAAGAGCUAAGAAUGGGGAGGGAGUGGAAGUUGAUCAUCCACUGUUAGGCCUGAAGAAACCCGUCCUGGCGGCUGGAGCAGCCGCCAGCACAAAUGGGGCAUUACCUUGUGCUUCUGGGUUGCCAGGACGGCUGGUGAAAACCUUUGCCCUCCUGAAACGGAGGCCAAGUGACUUGUUUACAUUUGUGUGAAAUUGCACAAAGAAAAAACAAAACAUAAAACUUGCACUUUAAUAGUAGCUCUGGUAUCGUGGACAUGAACAAAAUCUUACCCAGGUGUUUAUACUGUGUGUGUGGUUAUUGUUAUCGGUUUUUUAAUAUAAAAUAAAACAGAAAACCUA